AUGCCCAUCCGAGAUUUCCAUGAGAAAUACCUGGGUCUACCUGCUUAUACUGACAAAGACAAACAACAACUGUUUAGUGAUGUCAAAGAAAAGAUCUGGAGACUAAUGAGAACUUUGAAUGACAAGCUUUUCUCGGUUGGAGGAAAGGAGAUUCUCCUCAAAGCUGUGGUUCAAUCCAUCCCUACUUAUCUUAUGAGUUGUUUCAAGCUCCCAAUCACCAUUUGCAAUCAAAUUGAAUCCAUGAUGUCAAACUUUUGGUGGGGAUCUAACGAGAAUGGCACUAAAAUCCAUUGGCAUAGUUGGAAACUCUUAUGCAAGAAUAAGUUUGAAGGGAGUAUGGGCUUUCAAUCUUUUGUACAUUACAAUCAGGCGCUUCUAGCCAAGAAAUCAUGGCGGCUUCUUGAUAAUCCUAACUCACUUUUGGGUCGGUUACUGAAAAGUCGAUAUUUUCCUAACAACAGUUUUCUAGAGGCUCCCCACGGUCACUCACCUUCCCUUACUUGGCAAGGCAUACUCCAUGGAAGAGAAUUUUGA